CCUCCUUCAUCCCUCUUGCCCUCCCUCCCUCCAGUGAAGGCAUGGACAGAUAGCGCGCGACAAAAGGUAGAGAGCAAGUGGAGAGACACAGAGGAAGUGUGCACACGUUCCGGCUCUGAGGAGCGAGAGGCAGAGGAGAGGAAGAAGAGUCACCGCCUGCAUCGUUUCUUUUCUGAAGAUGAGGGGAACGAGCGAGAAGGAGAAGGUCUGAACGUUUUUGCCAUCUGCACUCUGCGCUCAAGCUGGUCCAGCCAGAUGGAGGUGAAUGCAGCAGACAAACGCCAUCGAACGAGAUCCAAAGGAGCGCGAGCCAUCGUGGAGGCCGUGACGCAGGAACUAUUCAGCUGUCCAACGGCAGGCUGCGACGGUUCCGGCCAUGUCAGCGGCAAGUACGCCAGACACCGCAGCGUGUACGGAUGCCCACUGGCUAAGAAGAGGAAGGCUCUAGAAAAACAACCGCUGGAGCCACCCAACAAGAGGAGAACCUUUAUCGCCUCCUGCCUGGGUGAGGAGGACGAGGAGGGGGACGAGUUGGAAGACGAGUUGGAGGACGAAGAUGCCAACUACCACGAUGAAGGUUUAGAGGAGGGGGAGCAAGGAGAAGUCAUGGAGGACGAAGACCACGAGGACGGACGUGAGAGGGGCGAGGAGGAGGAAGAGGAGGAUGUCAGGGAUGAGGAAGAGGAGUUCUAUGAUGACAACGAGGAGGAAGAAGAGGAGCAGCCCGAGGAGGACGCCACGCUGGCAGGAGCGCACAACGAGAUGGAGGACGAGGAAGAGGAAGAGGAGGACCUCAAUCAUCAGCAGGUUGACUACCAACCAAGUGGACAAUCAAAGCUUAUUCCGCUCCAUAAGGACGACAACAAUAACCACAGUUGUACCGCGGGUCCUAGUCCCGUUUUUAGCCCAGGUCCUGGUACCGGGCUCGGUCCCUGCGAUGAGUUUGAGAACUAUGACGAGCUGGUGGCCAAGUCUCUACUCAACUUGGGCAAGAUCGCAGAAGACGCGGCGUACCAGGCCCUGACUGAGUCUGAGAUGAACAGCAACUCGUCUAACAGCGGCGACGAGGACGACGAAGACGGCAGCGAGCGUGGCGAUAGGAAGGCCGACCUCAGCGUGGACCUGGACAGCGAUGUGGUCAGGGAGACGGUGGACUCGCUCAAGCUCCUGGCGCAGGGCCACGGCGCAGUGCUGCCCGACGACGGCUACACCGACGUCGGCCUCAACGGGCGCACCAGCAUGGGAGGCGGCGGCGGCGGCGGCGGCCACGCCGAGGAGAGCGAGGAGGAAGUGUGUCUCAGUAGUCUGGAGUGUCUGAGGAAUCAGUGCUUCGACCUGGCCCGCAAACUCAGCGAGACACACCCGGCCGAUCGCCCCGCGCACCACCAUCAACUGCACAACCAUGCCGACCAGCAGGGGGCGCUCCACCUCAACAGGUACGACGUUUGCCAGUCGGGAUGUCAGGAUGACUGCAGCCCUCCCGAGCGUACCUUCUCCGACAUGGUGAACCUGCUGAAGCUGGAGGAGCAGCUGAGCCCGGCGUCCCGAGGUUACCCGACCAGCUGCAGCCAGGAGGGUGACGAGGACACCACGUCGGUUGCCUCGGAGCGCUCCGACGAUACCUUUGACAUGGCCAAGGGGAACCUGUCGCUGCUGGAGAAGGCCAUCGCGCUGGAGUCGGAGCGCGCCAAAGUCAUGAGGGACCGCCUGGUCUCGGAACACAAGCACCCCAGACGAGACCACCACCACCAUCUUCAUCACCACCAUCACCAACACCACCGCGGACAUGGAGAGCACAGGCUGGGUGGAGGCGAGGAACGCAAGUCGAGGAUGCAUCACGACAGCCUUAAGAGGGCCUACAACCCCAAAGAAUCCUCGCGAGGGGAGAAGAAGGAGAGCAAGUGCCCGACGCCGGGCUGCGACGGCACGGGUCACGUGACCGGUCUGUACCCGCACCACCGCAGCCUGUCCGGGUGUCCUCACAAAGACCGCGUACCCCCUGAGAUCCUUGCCAUGUAUGAGAAUGUUUUAAAGUGCCCGACCCCCGGCUGCUCUGGACGGGGUCAUGUCAAUAGCAACAGGAACUCGCAUCGCAGUCUAUCGGGUUGUCCAAUUGCGGCGGCCGAGAAGAUGGCAAAGGUGCACGAGAAAAGUCACGUGAUCGACAGUGGCGGCAGCAAGUCCAAUCAGACGUCAGACCGCGUCCUCAGGCCCAUGUGCUUUGUGAAGCAACUGGAGAUUCCUCAGUACGGAUACAAGAACAACGUUCCCACCAGCACGCCGCGCUCCAACCUGGCCAAGGAGCUGGAGAAGUACUCCAAGACCAGCUACGAUUACGGCGGCUACGAGGGUCAGCACGGUGGCUACGGCAGGAGGGGCCCGCUCGGCAAGUCCCACCAUGGUCGGGAUACCUCCCCCAAGGCGUAUGAUGCCAAGCGUUACAGUAAAACGUCGAGCCCGGCCAGCAGUACUACCAGCAGCUACGCUCCCAGCAGCAGCAGCAGCAGCGGUGGCGGGCCAGGCGGCGACGUCGGCGGCGACCUGGGCGCCGGCUUGGCUCUGGGCGGCGACGGCAGCCACGGGGGCGGGAGCAGCGCCAGCAGCACGUGCAGCAAAAGCAGCUUCGACUACACGCACGACAUGGAGGCGGCGCACAUGGCCGCCACCGCCAUCCUCAACCUGUCCACCAGGUGUCGCGAGCUUCCGCACACUGUGGGAGGAAAAACACACAGCAUGAUGACGCAGAGCGCGGUGGGCGACCUGGAUGACGAUGAUGGCGACGGUGUUGACGUGGGCGGGCAGCCCGGCGGGCCCGAGGGCAGCGAGACGGUGCUGACACCCCUGCAGCCGAUGUCCCCACAGCGCCAGGCCCUGCUCAACAGCCACCGAUACCAGCUGAGCCAGGCCGACUGCUGGGACCUCCCGCUGGACUACACCAAGAUCAAACGUGUGGACGAGCACCAACACAAGGAGGGCGACGAGCUGGAUGCCUUCCACGAGCUGCUGGACGAGCAGCACUACCCGGCGGAUUUAAGCGGUUCGCCCAGCCCCAAGCACCACAAGUACUCGCCCUGCAAGGAGGCCAAGAAGGAGCUCCUCACGCUGUCCAGCUGCCAGCUGGACAAGAACCUGAGAGGAAUGAUGGCCUCCAGCACGCAAGAGCUCAGGUGUCCCACGCCCGGCUGUGACGGAUCGGGCCACAUCACGGGAAACUACGCCUCCCACAGGAGCCUGUCCGGUUGUCCUCGAGCCAAAAAGAGCGGCAUCAAAAUCCUCCACAGCAAAGAAGAUAAAGACGAGCAGGAGCCCAUCAAGUGUCCGGUGCCAGGCUGUGACGGCCAAGGUCACGUUACCGGGAAGUACGCCUCCCACCGCAGCGCGUCGGGCUGCCCCCUGGCGGCCAAACGGCAGAAGGACAGCUAUGUGAACGGCGCUCAAUUGGCCUGGAAGUCCAGCAAGACGGACGGCAUGACAUGUCCCACGCCGGGCUGCGACGGCUCGGGCCACGUCAGCGGAAGCUUCCUGACCCACCGGAGUCUCUCCGGUUGUCCCCGGGCCACCUCGGCCAUGAAGAAGGCAAGGAUGAGCGGUGUGGAGAUGCUGACAAUCAAGCAGAGAGCCAGCAAAGGCAUUGAAAACGACGAGGAAAUCAAACAGCUAGACGAAGAAAUAAAAGACAUCAACGAGUCCAACAAUCAAGUGGAGUCUGAUAUGAUUAAACUGAGGACGCAAAUCACCACGAUGGAGAGCAGCCUGAGGUCGAUGGAGGAGGAGAACAAGGUGAUCGAGCAACAGAACGACUCACUGCUGCAUGAGCUGGCCAACCUCAGCCAGUCGCUCAUCAACAGCCUGGCCAACAUCCAGCUGCCGCACAUGGAGCCGAUGAACGAGCAGAACCUUGACACGUACGUGAACACUCUGACGGACAUGUACACCCACCAGGACCAGUACACAAGCCCGGAGAACAAGGCGCUGCUGGAGAACAUCCGACAGGCCGUGCAGGGCAUCCAAGUGUAGCUCCGCCGAUAAUGCCAACACCACCACAAACAAACAAAGGUUGUUAUUAUUUUGUUUUGUUUUUUUGCUGCUGCUGUAACCUACCGUCGCUCCGCUGUCACAUUUACACCAUCACCACUUUAGAUUGUUUUUAUUUUUUUUUUAAAUCACCUCACUUUGUUUGGGUCAAACAUCCAACUUUUGUACAUUUUCAUACGACCUGAUAAAAUGUGACGUAUAGCUGCUAAUGUAUUUAUCUAUUUAUUGAUUGAUUGAUUGAUGGUCAACGUGAAGAGCAAUCAAAACAAGAGAGAAUAGUUCAAACAGUGUAGGAGACAAUCUGCCAUUGAUUGAUUGAUUGAUUGUUUGAUUGGUUAAUAAGCCACGUGGAUGAGCUGGUAGGACAGCAAUAUUGGCAUGAUUUAUUCAGAUGCAAUCUAUAUUUAAAAAAAAAAAAAAGUUUGGGUAUAUGCAAUUUCUUAU